AUGAAGCAAAAUAAAAGAAAAUCGAGGAAAAGAAUAGUUAUCAAAAACUCGCAAAGGGGAGCAGAAAAACCAGAAAAAUCAGCAGAGAACUCAUUGGCCGAACAGUCAACCACUAAACCAUGCGGACCAAAUGUCCACGAGCAACCAUCAGCAGUUGGCUAUGAGAUGAAGAUGGAUAAAAAGAAGAUUGAACUAAGAGAUUUCCAAAAAUGUCAACUAUUUCAAGAUGGUAGAGGAGAUGUGAAUGCAUUUGGGCAAACUUUAAACGACUUAUUAUCUCAUUUUAUGGAUGAACAAAAGAUUGACAAUGUUCGAAAGAGAAUUGAUGAAAUGUUUUUGUGA